AUAAGUCGAAACAAAAUUAAAAGACUACCGAGCCAAUCAGGCUCCUUGAUCCACCUGAGGGUUUCUGCCUGUCACCGCAACAAAAUAACUCGCAUCCCAGGGUACUUUGCAUACUUUCGUGAACUCGAUGUCUUAAAGGUAGACCACAAUCCUAUAGAGUGGCUGCCGAAGUAUGUUAUGGAA